AUGGCUGCUAAUUGCAAGAAAAGGCUUCGGUCUGAAGUUGUGGAUACUAUGGAGCCCCCGAAAUUUGUCGCCUACGAUGACUACUUGGCUCUUUUCAACCAUGUCGUCCGCCUGACCGAUAUGGUGAACCACUUGAGAGGUGGAAUUAUUGAAAGUGGAGUUCCGAAACUCAGCCUGCAGAUUGCAAAUACCUGUUAA